AUGUACAUAGUAAGCCUCGCUGUUGCCGAUUUAAUUGUUGGUAUGUUUGUCAUGCCUAUUAAUGCAAUAUAUAUCUUUACCGAACAAUGGUAUUUUGGUGUAGGACUUUGUCAGUUAUGGAUAUCUGUGGAUUACAUAGCCAGCACGGCGUCUAUAUUUAAUUUGUUUAUAUUGAGUGUUGAUAGAUACUGUUCUGUGAAGUCACCUUUGAAGUAUAUUAGAAAACGAACGAAAAAGAGGGCGUUAUUUAUGAUAUCUUUUGUUUGGUUCUUGUCAUCACUAUGGAUAAUUCCAAUUGUUGGAUGGCAUUUCUUUGUGUUUGGUGGUAUAAGAAGUAUACCUUCCAAUGUUUGCGAGACUGAAUAUGCAAAGGAUUCAGCAUUCAAAGUUAUAACAGCUUUCUUUAAUUUUUAUCUUCCACUUACAAUUAUGAUAUGCCUGUAUGGAAAAGUAUUUCAUGAAAUUCGAAAACGUUCAGCAUUAGAACUUGGACAAAGACACACUUCAAAACAUCCAACUGUUCAGUUUUUACCAAGUUUAGAUUCCCAAACAUUAGAUGAUAGCAGUGAAAACAAUAUAACAACUUCUCUCAAAGAAGAUUCAAAAAUGCAUUUUUCAAGUGGAUUUUAUUCAGUUCAUGGAAAUAAUUGUCAACAAACGACUUAUAAAACUCGUCGACGUAAUAAUGUAAUACCAAAAGCCUUUCGAGAAUUUCAUGUCACAGAGUUUAACACGCGAUAUAUUCCUAAAAGACGUAUUGAAUACAUUUACGAUGAGGGUGUAUUCGAUUCCACAACGGAAAAAUUGGAGCGAUAUUAUUACAAAAAACAAAUGAAUGGUUCAUGUCAAAGUGGACCUGCAUCAUAUGCCUGUGAUAUAGGUAUUGAUCAGUCUCCUCCGUCCGGAACACCAACGGGGAGUUCUGGUAGUGAAGAUCGACAGUCUGUUAGGUCACUAGAGCCUUCGCUAACACAGAAAAAGAAGUCGCUAUAUUCACUGUCUAAUGGUUUGAAACAAAUUCGACAGGCAACGAACAUAAUGGACCAUACCUCAGUUGCUAGUCAGAAAGCCCAAAUGAACGGUAAAAAUCGCUUAACAACACUAAACGAUGACUCGCAUAGACGCAUUUCAAAACUACUUAACAUUGGCCACCGUCUACGUAAUAUUCGUAGAAGUUCUUCAUUGACAAAAGAAAUCAAAGCGGCAAGACAGCUUGGAGUAAUCAUGGGAGCUUUUACGCUUUGUUUUCUACCAUACUUUAUUUUAUUUCUCGUUGUCGCAUUCUGUGAUGGAUGUAUUGAUCCAGGACUUCUAACCGCAAUGACGUGGAUAGGAUAUCUUAAUUCGACACUUAAUCCUUUUCUUUAUCCAUUGUGCAAUACAAAUUUUCGAAGGAAAUUUAGAAAGAUGUUUGGAUUUAAAUCGCGUCCCAGACAUAGACCUGAUGUCAAUAACACAGAACGAAAUAGCUUUACAAUGCGGUAUGAUUAAUUUGCGUUGGUAAAAUGAAAAUGGUGCUAAUCAGUUUGUAAGCUGCAUUUGGACUAGACAAUCUAAAACA